GGUUCCCAUCCAUCCUCCCCCGUUAUAUUCCUCUCUUACAUCCCCUCAUCCUGUCCCCGUUGCUCUUUCGCAGACCCCCCUUAAAAGUCAUUUGAACAGUCCCAACGGUGCUUGGUCAUCCGUCUGUCAACUCGUCUUACCUCUUUUCCAUCUCACCCCUUUAUCCACAUAAACAACCAUGUCUCUCGCAUCUGGUGUUUCUAUCACCGAUGAGUGCAUCACCGCAUUCAACGAGUUCCGCAUGAGCGGCAACAGCAAGGGAAGCAAGACGAAGUUUAUCAUUUUCAAGAUCGCCGACAACAAGAAGGAGGUCGUCAUCGACGAGGUCUCCCAGGACGAGGACUACGAGGUCUUCCGCGAAAAGCUCGCGGCCGCUAAGGAUGCUAAGGGCAACCCCGCUCCCCGUUAUGCAGUUUACGACGUCGAGUACGACUUGGGCGGUGGUGAAGGCAAGAGAAGCAAGAUCAUCUUCAUUUCCUGGGUUCCCAGCGACACCCCUACCCUCUGGUCCAUGAUCUACGCCAGCACUCGCGAGAACUUGAAGAACGCCCUCAACAUCCACACCUCUAUCCACGCCGACGACAAGGGCGACAUCGAGUGGAAGACCGUCCUGGCCGAGGCCAGCGGUGGUAAGGCUGGCAAAUAAACAAUGGCGCCGGCUGGGCCCGGGCCAGGUGACUUGGUUGUUGCAAAUCAACACAUCACACUGACUCACUUUGCGGAGUACCUCGGAACGACCAACUUCUUCAGUUUCUCUGCACAAACUUAGUUAAAUGAGAGAUCGUUACGACUUGAUUUCUUUUGAUAGUGACCGUAUCAUCUUGCGAUCGUGGCACUUUUCCUUUUUUUCCAAUGAUGAACGAAUAUUGGGGAGGGGAUUUUCUUUCUCUUUAUCAGCGUUUGUCUGUACAGAAUACUGUUACGUGCCAUGAUGUGUGAAUACGCGAUUCGAUGUAGAGUAGAAACAUCAGGUCACCCUGCACACAACGAACCCCCCAAAACUGAGCUUUCAGUCGAGUGCUUAGGUCUGAUAUUCGUGUGAAAUAGGCUAUCUCGACUAUUGAGUGCUGAGAAGGAAUGCCGGCCAGAUAGUAUGAGCAGUAGUGAGUAGGUAGUAGGAAGCACUUGGGUCUUGG